ACCAUCUUUACUUUUACACUAUUUUGCACCAAAGCCCCUAACCCCUAAAAACGUACUCAGCCGCCGAUGAUCUGCCACUACUCUCGGCCGCUCCUCCGAUCGUCACCAUUGUUUUUUUAUUCUUUGUAUUAGUUUGAUAAGUAAAUUCAUAGUCGAUUGAUUCUUAUCUUCCAUUCCGUACCCCCUCUUACUUUCUUCGCUGUCUACAAACGAGAGAAGAAGCCAUUUUGUAACAAGCUCCAAUUUGUUCUCAGGAGCUGGAGAUUGCUUUUUCAUCAAUAUGAUGCUGCAUUUGGUUCAGGAAAUAAAUCCAAAGGGACAGUGGGGCAAGAGAAGAUGUCUGUGGAAGAGAGUCAAGAGACUGAAGAGGGUCCAACUCCAAGUAAAUUGUCCUGUUCUCCCCACUUUGAGGCUCUCUGGUUUUGCUGCUCUCCAGUCAACCAAAUGCAACAGUACUAUAGGCUUGGGACACUUAAAAACUGUUCCCAGAAGUGGAGUGCUGUUGUCAAUUGUUUAACGUCGAAGACGAAAGGGUCUGCUCAGGUUCAGGAAAUUUUGGAAACUAGUGAGAAAGCCAAACCACACAUUUGGAGUAUCCGUACUCCGGAGGAAGCAUCGUGUCGUUGGAAAAACCUAUAUGCACAUUUGAAUGAAGUUGAAUAAUGGAGAUUUAAGGUGAACUGAUUCUUCUUUUUAACGCAAUAAACUUAUUAUGAGGAUAGGGAUAUAGGUUUUAAAACUCUGGGGAUUUUUUUUGUUGAGCUUAGAGAAAACUCAUCACGUUCUCCACAACAAACAGAGAAGCAUUACUCUCCUUCACGAUCAUAAAUGUGUAAUUCAAUAUCACAAUAAAAGAUGUUUAUCUAUA